GAGAGAUUCGCCGUCGACAAAGUCGAUCGUUCCCAGCUCCAUCCCGACUACGCUUUUGAGGAGGCUGAUGUUUACAUUCUCAAGAAGAAAUGCUAGAGACUCGUAAAGGAAGAUGAUGAACGCUGCCAAGUUGGCGUUGAUCAAUCCCGUCGCGUUGAUAGAUUCGUGCACAAGCCUUUCGAUGACACGCCAGGUUCGCUCUCGAUUACGCCACCUUCUAAGCAGUGACACGCACCUUUCGAACAAGCUCCUCCAGAAAUAUGCCAAGCUCGGCAGCCUUGAAGAAGCCUGGGAGUUCUUCCAAACGAUCACUUGCAAGGACGUUUGCUCUUGGGUGGUGAUGCUGUCGACUUAUGCCCAGACGGGGCAGCUGCUACAAGCGAAGCAGAUCUUUGACGCCAUGGAACAGUGGGACUUGUAUGCCUGGACGGCAAUGCUCACAGCUUAUUCUCGCAACGGGCAUCUGGACGAAGCAAAGCAAGUGUUUGAUUCCAUGCAAGAGAGAAACAUGGUUUCCUGGAACGCCCUUCUCGCGGCUUAUGCUCAGCGAGGACUUGUCGGCGAGGCCAAGAACAUCUUCGAUUCAAUGCCAGAGAGGAACUUGAUUUCCUGGACGAGCAUGGUGGUGACUUACGCGAAGAAGAACUGCAUCGACGAAGCUAGAGCUUGCUUCAUCCAGAUGCCGGAGCGGGAUUUAGUUUCCUGGUCGGCGAUGCUCGCUGCAAACACCGAGAACGAUCAUCUGGAAGAAGCAGAGAAGCUGUUUCACGGUGUUCCGGAGAGAGAUAUCGUUUCGUGCUCGACGAUGCUAUCGGGCUACGUCCGGCACGGCCGACUCAACGACGCGAGAACCGUCUUCGAUGAGAUGGAAGAGACUAACAUCGUUUCCUGGACGUCGCUGCUCUCGGCCUAUGCUUCCAAGGGAGAUCUCGAGCAGGCAAGGAUCUUGUUGGAUUGGUUUCCAGAGUGGGAUCUGUUCUCCUGGAACGUUCUUCUCUCCGCGUAUGUUCGUCACGGAAGGUUGGAGCUCGCAAAAGAGUUCUUUGAUGGGAUGGAGAGGAAGGAUCUCGUCUCCUGGACAGCGAUUCUCUGCGCUUACGCUCUCGACGGCUACGUUGACGAAGCAAGACAGGUUUUUGAAACGAUGCCAGAGAGAAACAUGGUGUCUUGGAACUCUAUGCUCGUCGCUUAUGCCAAGAACGGGCAUCUCCAGCGAGUGAGGAGCCUGUUUGACACGGCCGAAGAGCACGACUUGGUCUCGUGGAACGUUGUGCUCGCUUCCUACGCCCAGAACGGGCAUCCCGAUCGAGCACUCGAGAGUUUUGGAUGGAUGAGGUGCUGCUGGCAGUGCUCUCCCGAUGAGACGAGCUUCGUCAGUGUCCUGGUGGCUUGCAGCUAUGGUGGAGACGCUUACACUGGCCGAUCCCUGUUUCGUUCGAUGCGAGUCGACCACGGUCUGGAUGCUACCAAGUUCCACUACUGCUGCUUGGUCGAUCUCAUCGCUCGAGCCGGGUUCCUGGGCGAUGCCGCGGAGCUGAUCGAGAGCAUGCCUUUCGAGCCAGACGCGAUGGAGUGGACGUGCUUGGCGGCCGCUGCUUGCAAGGCUCACAAGAACAGGGAUCUGGCAUCGCUCGCGAUCGAGAAGCUGUUUGAGCUGCGCAGCUCCAAGGAUGCUGGAGCUUACGUACACUUGUUCUCGAGUGUUAGCUGGGUGUUCCACAGCAAGUUUUCACGAUCUUGGGAGCUGCGAAAAUCAUCCAGACCGUGCGAUAACUUACGUUGACCACUAUUGGACUAGAGUUGACUGCUCUAGUCAAAGCUCUAGAUUUUUUUU